UAAAACGACACCGUUUCCUUCAUGUUCAAUACAACUCCUCCACAGUGGACACCGCCAUUCUCAUUCCCUUCCAUAUCACUCGUCACCGUCACUGCCACCGCAAACGCCGUCGCAUUGAGGAAAUCAAUUACAGAAUAAAGAAAUGCGCAUAUCGUUUUCCGGUCUCACCAAGUCAUUGCCGUUUUCAAGAAUCUUCAGGGAGCUUGAGGAAGAGAUGGAAACGGUAGUAAAGGUACUGCAGCCAGGGCCAUUGGGAAUAGUGGAACACAAAUUCUCAGAUGAAGAAAUUCGUGAAGCUAAAGCUACGGUUAAUAGGGCAGUCAUUAAUUGGCAACGGAAUGCUAAUCUUGAGCAUAGAAAUGGCAUUCUUAGAGAUUUUAUUCACAAAUCUAAUUGAAACCAAUUGUUUAAAAAGAUUUUGAGUUUAUUUAGCUUCUUUGAGCUACUCUCAAAGAUUAGUGCAUAUUUGAGGUUUGAUUAAUUAGGUAACAUUUGUAAACAAAAAUCUGAGAUUACGAUUGACAAUGAUCCCACAGAUGAAGGUUGAAUAUUUCAGAGAAAAUACUUUGAAUUGUUGUUUUCUUCUAUGUUUGUUAACGUGCUCUGUUAUCUAAUCUUAUUGUUGUUUCAUCUGACGGAAUCUGUGAAGAACAUGUUUCACUUUUCUUGGCCUAAAAUAAUGAAGAAUUUGGAGGUAUUUUUCUUUGGUUCAACUAGUAAUUGAUGAUUUUUCCUUCUUGUUUGUGAAGAUUGAAUUUGUAUCCUUUUGGGUUUAAUUGCAGAUUCUAUAGAGUCUAUAAUGUUUUGGGUAAUAUUGUUGCGUGAUUUAGUUAUUUGGACGUGGCAUGUUUUCUUAGCCAAUGGUAAUUUAGGCUAGUUAGUGAUUAGACAUUAGUAAUCGUGAUUUUUUUUUGAAUCGUUCUUGAUCUAUUGACCUUGAUAGUAAGAUUACAAUCUGAACUAGUUGCCUAGAUAGACUGAUCUGAGAAGGAAAGUUGAUAAAGAAAAUAGUAGCAGUUAUAGGCGCCAGCCAUGUCAGGGAAGUAAGAUACUAGCAAAUAAGAUUGGAAUAAGUCUUCUUGUUGUUUGUCUAUCGUUUUGAUUUUGUUUCUGCAAUCAUUUUUUCUGAUCCUGUUGCUCUCAGGUCAGAAUGAAAAUAUGUAUUUUUCUCUGUCUCAGCUCUGGAAACUAUCCUGAUCAUCAGAAUACCGAUAUUAGUUGAAAGGUAUGUUGUACAAAAACCUUUAUAGCUUUACAUUUUCUUUUCCGGCAUUCUGUUUCACCAAUUUCCGUUUCCAGCUUUCUGUUUUGCCUUCUUCUGUUUAUGUGCUACAUAGGAGGGUGUACAAGAUAUCUAUGAGCCUAGAAAGACACAAUUGCAUAUCAAAAGCCACACUAUUAUGCUUUUAUACCAUUAAGUACAGGAUAAAAAUACAAUCAUAAAAAAACAAGAAACAAACAAAAAUCAAUAAAGCUUGUGUAGUAUAUCCUAUCUUCUGGCAGAAACUACACAUAUGAUACAGCUCUAAAUCCAUAAAGCUCCGGCAUUGAUAAGCAAUGGGAUAAGCUGGUUCUGAACAUGUAGACUCAUCACUUGAUUUUCUCCACCAAUCAAUUUUUGGCCUAUGAACACGGAUGGUACACUUGGUUCACACCCCAACUGCAUCAAUGUCCUCUCAAUUUGGUGCCCGUAUGGGAUUCUGUCAAGUUCGUAAACGGUUGGAUUUGCUCCAAACCCGCAUAUCAGUGACUUAAUGGUAUGACUCAUGCAGCAAGAACUCUUGCUGAAUAUCACUACUGGCUUUUCCUUAACCAACCUGUUCACCAUUUCCAUUGCUGAAAAUAUUGUUGGAAUAGGCAGUGCUAAUAAUUUAUGAACCUUGUUGAAAGUGUGUUUGCCUGUGUGUGUGUUUUCUUUGUUGUGAGGAGUAAAAAACAUAAGGUGGUGUAUUUAUACAGGCAGCAAUGUAUAGUUUAGAUUUAAUUUUGAGAAUAGAAUCUAAUGGAGGAAAUUAAGAAUAGACUGUGCGAGUGAUGUGUCA